UUAUGGUGCAGUGUGGUGUGUUAUGGCAACAGUGGGUUGUGUUAUGGCAACAGUGGGUUGUGUUAUGGCAUCAGUGUGUUGUGUUAUGGCAGCAGUGUGUUGUGUUAUGGCAGCAGUGUGUUGUGUUAUGGCAGCAGUGUGUUGUGUUAUGGCAGCAUUGUGUUGUGUUAUGGCAGCAGUGUGUUGUGUUAUGGAAGCAGUGUGUUGUGUUAUGGCAGCAGUGUGUUGUGUUAUGGCAGCAGUGUGUUGUGUUAUGGCAGCAGUGUGUUGUGUUAUGGUGCAGUGUGGUGUGUUAUGGCAGCAGUGUGUUGUGUUAUGGCAACAGUGUGUUGUGUUAUGGCAGCAGUGUGUUGUGUUAUGGCAGCAGUGUGUUGUGUUACGGUGCAGUGUGGUGUGUUAUGGCAGCAGUGUGUUGUGUUAUGGCAGCAUUGUGUUGUGUUAUGGCAUCAGUGUGUUGUGUUAUGGCAGCAGUGUGUUGUGUUACGGUGCAGUGUGGUGUGUUAUGGCAGCAGUGUGUUGUGUUAUGGCAGCAUUGUGUUGUGUUAUGGCAGCAGUGUGUUGUGUUAUGGAAGCAGUGUGUUGUGUUAUGGCAUCAGUGUGUUGUGUUAUGGCAGCAGUGUGUUGUGUUACAGUGCAGUGUGGUGUGUUAUGGCAGCAGUGUGUUGUGUUAUGGCAACAGUGUAUUGUGUUAUGGCGCAGUGUUUUGUUAUGGCGACAGUGUGUUGUGUUAUGGCGCAGUGUGUUGUGUUAUGUCAGCAGUGUGGUGUGUUAUGGAAGCAUUGUGUUGUGUUAUGGCAGCAGUGUGUUGUGUUAUGGUAGCAGUGUGUUGUGUUAUGGCAGCAGUGUGUUGUGUUAUGGCAGCAUUGUGUUGUGUUAUGGCAGCAGUGUGUUGUGUUAUGGCAGCAGUGUGUUGUGUUAUGGUGCAGUGUGUUGUGUUAUGGCAGCAGUGUGGUGUGUUAUGGCAACAGUGGGUUGUGUUAUGGCAACAGUGUGUUGUGUUAUGGCAGCAGUAUGUUGUGUUAUGGCAGUAGUGUGUUGUGUUACGGUGCAGUGUGGUGUGUUAUGGCAGCAGUGUGUUGUGUUAUGGCAGCAGUGUGUUGUGUUAUGGUGCAGUGUGGUGUGUUAUGGCAGCAGUGUGUUGUGUUAUGGCAGCAUUGUGUUGUGUUAUGGCAGCAGUGUGUUGUGUUAUCGCAGCAUUGUGUUCUGUUAUGGUGCAGUGUGGUGUGUUAUGGCAGCAGUGUGUUGUGUUAUGGCAGCAGUGUGUUGUGUUAUGGCAGUAGUGUGUAGUGUUAUGGUGCAGUGUGGUGUGUUAUUGCAGCAGUGUGUUGUGUUAUGGCAGUAGUGUGUUGUGUUAUGGCAUCAGUGUGUUGUGUUAUGGCAGCAGUGUGUUGUGUUACGGUGCAGUGUGGUGUGUUAUGGCAGCAGUGUGUUGUGUUAUGGCAGCAUUGUGUUGUGUUAUGGCAGCAGUGUGUUGUGUUAUGGAAGCAGUGUGUUGUGUUAUGGCAUCAGUGUGUUGUGUUAUGGCAGCAGUGUGUUGUGUUACAGUGCAGUGUGGUGUGUUAUGGCAGCAGUGUGUUGUGUUAUGGCAACAGUGUAUUGUGUUAUGGCGCAGUGUUUUGUUAUGGCGACAGUGUGUUGUGUUAUGGCGCAGUGUGUUGUGUUAUGUCAGCAGUGUGGUGUGUUAUGGCAGCAUUGUGUUGUGUUAUGGCAGCAGUGUGUUGUGUUAUGGUAGCAGUGUGUUGUGUUAUGGCAGCAGUGUGUUGUGUUAUGGCAGCAUUGUGUUGUGUUAUGGCAGCAGUGUGUUGUGUUAUGGCAGCAGUGUGUUGUGUUAUGGUGCAGUGUGUUGUGUUAUGGCAGCAGUGUGGUGUGUUAUGGCAACAGUGGGUUGUGUUAUGGCAACAGUGUGUUGUGUUAUGGCAGCAGUAUGUUGUGUUAUGGCAGUAGUGUGUUGUGUUACGGUGCAGUGUGGUGUGUUAUGGCAGCAGUGUGUUGUGUUAUGGCAGCAGUGUGUUGUGUUAUGGUGCAGUGUGGUGUGUUAUGGCAGCAGUGUGUUGUGUUAUGGCAGCAUUGUGUUGUGUUAUGGCAGCAGUGUGUUGUGUUAUCGCAGCAUUGUGUUCUGUUAUGGUGCAGUGUGGUGUGUUAUGGCAGCAGUGUGUUGUGUUAUGGCAGCAGUGUGUUGUGUUAUGGCAGUAGUGUGUAGUGUUAUGGUGCAGUGUGGUGUGUUAUUGCAGCAGUGUGUUGUGUUAUGGCAGUAGUGUGUUGUGUUACGGUGCAGUGUGGUGUGUUAUGGCAGUAGUGUGUAGUGUUAUGGUGCAGUGUGUUGUGUUAUGGCAGUAGUGUGUUGUGUUACGGCGCAGUGUGUUGUGUUAUGGCAGUAGUGUGUUGUGUUAUGGUGCAGUGUGUUGUGUUGUGUUAUGGUGCAGUGUGUUGUGCUAUGGCAGCAGUGUGUUGUGUUAUGGCAGCAUUGUGUUAGGUUAUGGUGCAGUGUGGUGUGUUAUGGCAACAGUGGGUUGUGUUAUGGCAACAGUGUGUUGUGUUAUGGCAGCAGUGUGUUGUGUUAUGGCAGUAGUGUGUUGUGUUAUGGCAGCAUUGUGUUGUGUUAUGGCAGCAGUGUGUUGUGUUAUGGAAGCAGUGUGUUGUGUUAUCGCAGCAUUGUGUUGUGUUAUGGCAGCAGUGUGUUGUGUUAUGGCAGCAGUGUGUUGUGUUAUGGCAGCAGUGUGUUGUGUUAUGGUGCAGUGUGGUGUGUUAUGGCAGCAGUGUGUUGUGUUAUGGCAACAGUGUAUUGUGUUAUGGCGCAGUGUUUUGUUAUGGCGACAGUGUGUUGUGUUAUGGCGCAGUGUGUUGUGUUAUGUCAGCAGUGUGGUGUGUUAUGGCAGCAUUGUGUUGUGUUAUGGCAGCAGUGUGUUGUGUUAUGGUAGCAGUGUGUUGUGUUAUGGCAGCAGUGUGUUGUGUUAUGGUGCAGUGUGUUGUGUUAUGGCAGCAGUGUGGUGUGUUAUGGCAACAGUAGGGUUGUGUUAUGGCAACAGUGUGUUGUGUUAUGGCAGCAGUAUGUUGUGUUAUGGCAGUAGUGUGUUGUGUUAUGGCAGCAUUGUGUUGUGUUAUGGCAGCAGUGUGUUGUGUUAUGGCAGCAUUGUGUUGUGUUAUGGCAGCAGUGUGUUGUGUUAUUGCAGCAGUGUGUUGUGUUAUGGCAGCAGUGUGUUGUGUUAUGGCAGUAGUGUGUUGUGUUAUGGCAGUAGUGUGUUGUGUUACGGUGCAGUGUGUUGUGUUAUGGCAGCAGUGUGUUGUGUUAUGGUGCAGUGUGGUGUGAUAUGGCAGCAGUGUGGUGUGUUAUGGCAGCAGUGUGUUGUGUUAUCGCAGCAUUGUGUUCUGUUAUGGUGCAGUGUGGUGUGUUAUGGCAGCAGUGUGGUGUGUUAUGGCAGCAGUGUUUUG